CAACGGGUCCCUGGGUGCCAGCCGAGGCUCUCGGUCAGCAGAGCUGGCUCGCGGGCAGUCGGCAGGGGCCCGGAUGCCCUUCAGAGGCCCUGGCACCCCGCCAGGGCGCCCGCCUCCACUAGAGGUGUGGGGCCUCCCCAGCCCCCUCGAGCCCUCGAGACCGCCCUCCAGGAGACGCGCUGCCGACAAGCUGCAGAAAUGGGAAACCGAGGCUGCUCGGGGCCGCAGGCCGACAUCCUCCUCCCCCCGGCUCCGCCCAUCUCCCGAGGCGGUCGUGAGGACCCCUCCCGGCUCGGGGUCCAGGUUCCGGCCCCGGGAAUGCUCCCCGUGCUGGUGGAACGGGGCCCCUGAGGAGGAGGAGGCCGGAGGCAAUUGUAGUUGCCUAGCGACCCGGACCCAGGAAACCCCUCGGGGGGAGCCGCCGCUGCCGCAGCCGCCGCGUCACCGGCCAGGGGUCACUUCCCCAGGCCCGCGGUCCGGCCCGGCGCCCUCGACCGCGCCGGGCUGUGGGGCCCACAUGUCCAUCAAUGGCGAUGCAGCCCUGUGCACCUCCCCGCCCUGCUCCCUCAGCGUGGCCGGCCCGGGCUUCUGUUCCCGGGCCUUCCUACUGCACCUGGAAGAGGCCAGCGUCCAGGCGGGGAGAGGAGCAGCCAAGGAAGAGCGGGACGGCACGUGGGCCCAGGGCGCCGUGGGGAGGAUUUUGAGGAAACAGAGAAGCAACUUCAACAUAAUGGGGAAAAGAAACUCGUUUGGUGGGAUCUGUGGCAGUCAUCUUCCUAUCUCAAAUGUCCCUCAUGAGAAUUUACCUCACUGGAGUUUGGAAUCAGAUGUCUUCAUUCCUGAAAGUAAAAACCUCCCAUCUGGAAGGGAGAGUGCAGCAGGUGGUAAACUGAAAAAGAAUCAUUUGGAAAUCCCAGUAGAACAACUGAUAGAGCUUAGCUUGUCAGAGAACCCACAAAAAAGAUCACAGAACAAUAGUAAAUCAGGAAUGUUUCAGUUCUGGAGCUACCCUCAUAAUGAAGCAAUAACUGUGGAGAAUAGGGAUUUCCAAAAAUCUUCAAUGGAAAGUGGCUUUAAUAUAAAUAGUAAUCCUCUAAGGCUCUUCACUCUGAACCACUCAUUAACAGAUGCUUCAGUUGACAAACAAGCUAGUUCUUACUCUGGACUGCAACAAGACAUGCCAUUAAGUCUCUGCUGGCCUUAUGCUGAUGGAGACUUUUGUAAAGAUAGAAGUGAGUCUCAGAGUAACUCAUAUCUAGCUAUAGAAAGCAAUAAUGGUGAAACUUUAUCUGCUUCAAAUUGGAAUACGAAAUAUGGGAAUAGCAGCAUAGAAGAAAAUCUUACUGACGAAAGUGAUUUAUCAGAAAAUGAAAAAGUAAGUGAUACAUUACUCACUUACUUUAAAAAGAUGGACCUAAACUUAAAGCCAGAAGUAAUAGAAGACUUUGAAGAAUCUUUUUUAGAACAGCCAAGUGAAGCAUUUUCAUAUCCUGAUUUUCUCCCACCACCUUUUAAUACUAUAGACUUGCACAAACUGGCCUUCUCAAAAUCUGAAAAUUGGAAAGUGGCAUUAGAUCCUAUAGAAAGCUCCAUUGAGCAGUUGAUAGGUCGUUUAUUGGAAAUGGAAAGGAUACAGCAUCUAACUAUACAAAAGGAAAAGCCAAAGAUACCAGUCAAUUGCUCUACUCAAGUCAUUACUGAAAGGCCCAGUUCAUCCAAAGGUUCAUCCAAACAGAAGCCAGCAAAAUAUCCUGAAUCUCUGCCCCUUCAGACAGCUUGUACAGAUAAAAAUAGAGAAAAAAGAAAAAACACUAAUUUUUGCAAACUUGAGCAGAAUACUUCAAAAUGCAGUUGGAACAACGGUGGUAAAUAUAAGUGGAAUUCCAGACCACCAUCUAUCAGAAGCUCUUCUACUACAAAACAGAUCAUUGCUACUUAUGAUGAUUUUAAAAUUCCCAAAGGUUCCUCUUUAAGUCCAUGCCAAGAAGUUUCAUCCAGGCCCACGUCAAGCCAUUCCAUUGCUCAAACAACUCAACCAUUGGUUAAAAUGGUUUCAACAAGAUGUCUACAGCCAAAGUCUCCGAUACCUGUUACAUCCCUCUCUCUUUUUUUGCCUGAGGCACAAGAAGGCAAACCAUCAAGAAGCAAAAAGAAACUUUAUCGGAAAAAUAUAGCUGUAAAUAGACCAUUACAUGUUCAGAAGAGGCAUUGUUUAUCUCCUUCAUCUACAGCUAAAUGUGAGAAGUGCUCACAUGUUGACCAAAAAUAACCUUUUUUUUCUGUCUUUAUUCUCAUUGGGAACAAACCUAGCCCACCAAACUGAUUGAAAUCUGAUUUAUCACUCCCAGUUAGAGGUAUUUCAAACUAAAACCCCAAAGAUUAAUUGAAGUGAUGUGAAGUAAAUCUUGUGAAAAUUACUACUUUGUCUUCACAUAAAAGUGGGAGUUUUAAUGAUGAAGACAGAUCUAAGAAAUCUUUUGUUUUGUCACCAAGAAACAUUUUUAUUGAGAAAACCAAAUUCUACAUUGUCCUUUUGCUGUGACUGUUUUCCAGUGUAAUUACAUCAAACAUCAAUAAAUUGGAUAAUUGACUUUAA